AUGUCUUCAAUUGGGCCUCAACUACCACCACACCUCACCAAGCGCAAGCGCAGUCCCGAAGACGAAAGCCCAGACUCGCCAUCCACCAAGACAUCAAGACCCAACAACGAGAACGAGACAGCCCUAGAUGGCGAGGAGAGUGACUCAGACGAUGGCUACGGGCCAAGCGCACCAAGGCCGGCCGCCACUGCUGGUCCUCAAAGACCGUCAAUAGGGCCAUCGCUACCGCCCACAGCCGCCAGCGGCAGCAACACAGACGAAAUCGCUCUGAACUCCGAUUCCGACGACGACGACACAGGCCCAGCUCCACCACCAUCAAAAGAAGCAGCUGCAAAACCAACCGCACAACGACCACGGCGCGUGAUGGGGCCCGCACCCCCGCCCGCAGACCUCGCCUCACGGCCCACGACCGCGCCAGACUCGGACUCAGAUUCCGAUUCAGACGACGACUAUGGGCCCGCCCUACCCGGCGCCGCUUCAGCGAACCACUCCAAUGCCACCGCUGGGCCCUCCUUACCGAGACCCGCGGCCGCGCCGGAGAAGCCCGCGCGCGACGACUGGAUGCUCGCGCCGCCGGAGCCGACGGGCUACCAGGAGCGGGACCCGACCAAGAUCAAGGCGCGCAAGUUCGCGAGCGGCGCGGGCGCCACCUCGCGGCCCGCCGGCGGCGGCGGCGGGAUCAGCAAGAUCUGGACCGAGACGCCCGAGGAGAAGGCGAAGCGGCUCGCGGACGCGGUGCUGGGGCGGGGAGGCGGCGACAACGAGCAGCAGGCAGCAGCAGCAAGCAAAGGCAGCAGCAGGAGCGGAGGGAUGCCGGGUCACAGCGGGGCCAAGGAGGACGGGCAGCAGGAGAAGAUCCGCGCGUUCACGGAGCAGACGCGGGGCAAGAGCCUGUACGAGCAGCACCAGACGGCCAAGAAGGCCGGCGGCGCUGGGGCCGGGAGCGGCACCGGUAAGAAGGCAGGGGCAGACGAUGAGGAGGACGACGACCCGAGCAAGAGGGCGUUCGACCGCGAGAAGGACAUGGGCCUCGGGAUGAAGAUCACGGCGUCGCAGCGCAAGGAGCUGCUGAACAGGGCGUCGGACUUUGGCGGCAGGUUCUCGAAGGGGAACUACCUGUGA